CUCUCAACGAAACAGAAAACUAAUCAGAGAAAAGGAGAAAAAGAAGAAAAAACCAAAGUUCUUCUUGUUCUCCCUCCUCGCCAUCCUUCCUCCAUCAAUCCAUCCAUCUCCCUCUCUAGCUAGCUUUGCUCGGCAUUCUCUGGUUAGAGGAGAUCAGAGAUUUCUCUCUCUCUCGCUCUAUUUUUUCUUUGGAGGUUGUAGAUUCUGUCGUUUUAUCUUCAUCUGAUGUUUAAUUAGAGUUCUUUGAAACUGCUUUAAUGGCGAAUGGACGGAAAUGUGGAGGGUUUUUAAUUUAAGUGGAAGCAAUUAGUAUCUUUAGUUGUUCUGGUGUUGGAUCCACCUGAAGUAGUUGAARUCUUAAUUUCGUUGAAGUAUUUGGAGUUUUGCGAUUGGUGCUGAUGGGAAAGUAGUGGAAGAAUAAGAGGUGGGAGUGGUGUUGGAAUUGGAAUUUCAGUAGUUUUUGUUGCUUUUUUCUUAAUGAUCUAGGGUUUAGCUGUUGCUUUUUUUUUUCACUUAUUAGAUUCUGAUUUGAUCUGCUCUAGAGUCUAGACUUCAAGGUUGGAAUAACUGGUUGGACUGUAGUGUGUUCGUGUGUGGAAGAGAGAUACCGGAAUUUCUGCGGUAGCGGUGAAAGAUGAUGUUUGGUGGUUCUGAAGCAUUAACAAAGGACAUGAAUCUUUUAUUUCCUUCUCCCUUCAAGAAUUCGGAGGAACUUCAGUCGAAGAGCAGAGAAGUCAUGAAUUCAGAUCUCCACCUUCAUCAUCAUCAUCAGCAGCAUGCGAGGCAGUCGCAGCAACAGCAACUGGGCUCUGGUCUGAUGCGGCUUCGCUCUGCUCCGAGUUCAUUGCUUGCGAAUUUUAUUGACGGUAGCAGCGGUAACGUCGAAGAUGGAUGCGAGGAUUUCCUCCAUCCUCGAUCUUCGAGCCCGGAAGCAGAGAGCAUGUUUGCGAGGUUCAUGUCUUCUGGUGGUAGUGGUAGCGGUGGUGAUUCUUCUCUUCCUGAUCCCCGGGAGAUCGGGGAGAAACCUUCAGCAUUAUCUCCAUCCACCGGAGCUAUUAACCAUAGAAAUUCUCAGCUGGCACCAACGGAGCGUGAAGGCAAGGUUGUUCCGCAGCAUAACGGAUAUUCAUCUCUUUCCCACAUGAUGUACCAGUCUCAGACCCAGCCACCUCUGCCGAGCCACAGUUCAGCUACGACUACAACCGAUGUGGACAGCUCGUAUAGGGUGAUGAAUUCUAUGACCAUGGAUCACCCUACACAGGUGAAAACAGCUGGCGGCAAUCUUAUCAGGCACAGUAGCUCUCCGGCUGGGCUUUUCUCCCACUUAACUGCCGAAAAUGCAAAAAAAGCAGGCUAUGCUGUAAUGAGGGGCAUGGGAAAUUUCCAUGCCGGGAAUGGCACUAAUGGGGAGGCGGCUUCAACAACUAGCAGGUUGAAGCGUCAGAUAAGCUUCUCGUCUGGGAACCCUGAUGAUGGCAGUUUUGGAAGCGGUAACGCUGGCAACAGAGGUUACAUCCAAGGCUUUCCUGUUGGUUCUUGGGAAGACUCUGCACUUGUCUCAGAGAAUGUAACAGGCCUAAAAAGAAUACGAGAUACCAAUGGUGGCAAUCAGAAUGGAGAAGCUGGGAGCCGCCCUCCUAUGUUGGCCCACCAUUUUAGUUUACCCAAAACUUCAGUUGAGAUGGCUGCCAUGGAAAAGUUUCUGCAAUUCCAAGAUGCUGUUCCUUGUAAAAUUCGAGCCAAGAGGGGUUGCGCUACUCACCCACGAAGCAUUGCAGAGAGGGUAAGAAGAACCCGGAUUAGUGAAAGAAUGAGGAAACUACAGGAGCUGGUCCCCAAUAUGGACAAGCAAACCAAUACAGCUGAUAUGUUAGAUUUGGCAGUUGAAUACAUUAAAGAUCUCCAGAAACAGGUCAAGACACUCAAUGAUAAUCGUGCCAACUGUACCUGUUCAAGCAAACAGAAGUCAUACUCGAACCCUACAGUGUGACUUGUUUUUGUACAGAAAUGAAAUAAAGGAAAAAGGAUGGAAAAGGAGAUAAAUAGCAGAGCAGAAGCACUUAAAUCCUUUUAUCAUACCUAGUUUGUGUAUGUGUACAAGAAGAAAAAGUUUGAACAGCUGCAGCACUUAAAUGGCUUCUACUUCCUACCUAGUUUGUGUAUGCAUGGAAGAAAGAAAGCCUUGGACGAAUGAAGCACUUAAAAUGACUUGUUCUACCUAGUUUUAUUUUUGACAUGCACUGGCAAGUAGGUGCUUCUAAAACUUCCACGAGGUCUUGUAUUUUUAGAUUUUUAAACAAACUCUUUCUCCAACUUCCCUUUUCUGGAAGAUGAAAAAAUUAUUCUUUGACUUAAUUGACACUGUAAUACCUAAGGUCUACCUUGUAAGUUUCAUCAUACUGAUCUUAUCCAAUGCUUUUUGGAGUUUGGUCAUGGGCCUCUGGGCAGAAACGAAUACAGAAUCUCAUGCUUAAACUUUUUUUUUUUUUCUGAAAUAUCAAAUUUUAUAUGGGAGUGGGACAAAAUUGGAUUGCCCUAAAUCUUGAAAUUGCUCAGAUCAAAAAUAAAAUAUCAAGAAAGGAAGUUCAUAAAAAAUUUCUCAAUAAACUUGCUAGCUAAAUGGAUGUUAGUCUCCAGAUUAUUAGUUUGAGUCAUCAUUAAAGACUUUCUUCAGCGUAAUUGUCUAAUUCAGAUUAUUCCUUGGACUGUGUGAGUUUUCUCGUCUUUUCAUGAAUAAAUUCAUUUUGGUUACCCAUCAAAAAAUAAGUUAAUAAUUCAYUCUGGUCGUGUUUGUGAUUAAAAAUGAUUAAGAUUUUUUCUUGCACUGGCCUGUGCCACUUUGAUAUUCAUAUGCAAUAAUCUCUUCCAAAUGAGACAAAACCCAAAUCAACAGGUUAGGCACUAUUUCCUUGCAUGGCUGCACAUUUUUACAGCCAUAUGUUUCAUAGCUGAAAUUUAAUAUUCUGUAAACCUGUUUAUUUUAUUAAGGAUCUUGGGGAAGUAAUUCUAUUUCAGAUACAAUUAACAGUGUAUUUGAUAUCGAUUCCUUUUUCAUGGUAGAUCAUAUGCCUUAAUUUAGGUGAUGGCUAGCUCUGUCAAGAUAGGCUUCUAUUUCUUAUUUUCUUUAAGGUAACAAGUAACAUGAUUUUAAAAGUAUGAUGCUCAUUUAGGUAACCCCUCACGGCCAUGGAUCCAGUGCACCAGCAUCUAAUUUUAGAACCAGAGACUGGAUACCUUGACUGUGACAUUGACCUAAACAAUAACAUUCCAUUUGGACACAGAAUUGUGGUGGUGUAUGGCAAUCUUUGUUAGUGCAAUUAUCAUGUUCUCUUGUCUAUAUUGUUGCUACAAGGAUGCCUUCCAAUUCUGCAAUUCAGUUCUUUGCUCCUCUUGGGUUUUAUGUCUUCUUUCUUCUUAGCCUGAGGAAGAAGGGAACAAGACAUUCUUGAAGGUUUCUUGUCUCAUUAAGGCAGCUUUAUGUCUUAAGUCUAUUGGUUUUGGUGGAAAGAGUUGUUCAAUGAAGGAACUGGAAAUUGUGGCAUGGCAACUACAAGAAUAAUUUGCUUUCCCGUUGUUGAAGUUAAAGUUAUUGGUAUUAAUCAGUUCUUUAAGUGACAUGCAGCUCCACCUUCCCCAGAUGGCUAGGACCAAAAUUGGGUAAUGACCUUUGAAGCUAUUAGUUUGCUUGAUGGAUGUUCACUACAGGUUUGUAUUUAACCAUUAUAUGUGUUUGGGGGAAUGCUUUGCUACCCCCAAUGAUCUUACCUUUUAUUUUUGUUAAUUUUCAUAAUUAAUGGGUUCUGUUAUAUGGUUCUGCACAUCUUUUUUUUUGGAAUAAUCAAUAGAUAUUAACAAGCUACAGAUGGAUAGAGAAAUGGAUGCAUAUUCAUUAAGGCUGUAACAUCAAAGUAUGUUCAAUAAUUCAUGAAAAAAGUGAACUCUUCAAAUCCUCAUUUAUAGACAGCAUCUUCUCUUUUCUGGAUCUGUCCCAAGCAUUCAAUCUGAUGCCAAGAGGAGGGGCUUCUCAUCUUGUGUUUUUCAUUUAGUAUUUCAACUUUGCCAUGGAAAUUGCAGAUGUUCAUAUACUUAGUUUCUGCCUACCUCACUUUGAAUUUUAUUGAUAACAUCUGAUUCCUUUUAAGUUUAGCCAGUUCAAGCUCUUCAGCUUCUAGAGCUUCAAGUUCUUAAAGGCCCCAUCAGCAACAUGUAAAUUAUCAAAUUCCAGCAUCAGCUUCAUAUGAGGCCAAUGAGGACACACAAGAUCACCUGUGACAUCAAUUAAAUUAGCUUAAAUGGGAAGAAUUCCUUAUGGUAUGUUUUGCUUCUCUUAAAAUUUUGAGUAUCCCAGCAUUUACUCUUGGAUUUUUCUGUCUACAUAGGUGUUAUCAAUGUCAUGAGGCAAUGGCCAGUUUUUUUAGCUUCCAUAGGUGUUGUGGUUAUUAGUGCUGAUUAGUGGAUUACCUAAAAAAAGAUCUAAAUUUAUGAUAUUGAUGUGAUUCCAUGUAUGAAUUAAUGCAGGCUAUAGGUGUGCAAAUGGGGAUAUGGUGCAGAACAUCUAUUAUACUCUUAACUCUACAAACAUAAAAAAUAAUGGCUGGAUAGGCCAAGAUGGAGAAUUAUAACCUUUGUAUUUUAAGAGAGUACCGCCUUUUUUUCAAGGGGGGGGGGUACUAAAGAGAGAGUGCAACAUUCUCUAUCUGUUGAUAAAUCUGUUUAAACCUUAGAUUGGAGGAAAAAUUAAAGAACCUCUCCACUUUUUAUAUAAUAAUAUUUUAUUUAAUUAUUUUAUGCCUUGUUUCCAUUGUAAUAUACCAUCACCCACAUUCCACAACUAACACUUGAAUAAAUUAGCCGAUUUGGACAAGAUUCUGAGCACAGUUAGACGAUUCAGGAAUUGGAAAAAACACUAAAUGGCUCAGGUUUUGAAAGUUUUUGUCAAAUUAAAAGGGGGUUUAUUUGGGGUUGGGCCUAGAAGGUCAAGAAAGCAAAGGAAGUUUUUAAGACUAGUGUGGCCACUGUUCAAGUCACUGGAAAAGAGAAGGGACAGAGUAGAGUGUUGGGCGAGGAGUAAUUCACAAUUUUCUACGGUGUCCUAAUCAAUAGUCAAUGCUAAGUUGCCUUGGGUGGCUGCAUCAUGGGUUUUGACUGAUUAUUUAAUGAUGCAGUUGGUGUCUCUCAACUGGUUGGUUGACUAGUCAUUGAGAUGUUGACAUUUUGAUUAAAAUUCCUUGGCUAAACAAGGCUUUUAUCAGGCUUAAAAGUGUUUUCCUCCUUUGCUCUCUUUUCUCUUUUCUUAUCACUUCUGUUAUGGUCUUGACAAAGUCCUACGUUUGUUUCUUCUUUUUUCCUGGUUUCAGAACACUUUUUUAGCUCCCCCUCUCCCCCUACAUAAGGGAAAAGGAAGGAAGAAAAAAAACAAAAGAUAGAGAAGUUGUGACAGAAUGUUCAUCUCCUUGGGUUUUGACUUUCAUACGAGUCUCUCACUGCUCAUGAAUAUGUCUUCUCUAUUGAGGGUUUUAGAUUGGAGUUAAGUUAUAUAAUAUCAAUAUUCCAUAUGAUUUCUCCUUGCAGGUGAAUUGAGUACUCCGGCUGCUGUGGAUCUUGUAGUAUUGAUGGAAUUCUAUAUGAAGAAGACUGCACAGGAGUGAAGGGGGCAACCUAAACAGUCAAUGGAUAAAAUGUCUCCACGUUUCUCUUCAAGGUCUGCAUCAUGGUUCAGCAUGACCUGAACAACAUCCCUCUUGUGAGCUUCAUGUAACUUCUUUCAGCCAUGGCCUAACUAUGCCUGAAUGUUGAUUACUUGAUUUGAAUGUUCAAAAACAGCACUAAUUGUAGACUUGCAGAUGGGCCUAUUACCUCUUCUUGCCCGUGGAAAUGCAGCCCUAAGCAGCCUUGAUAAUAUUGUACCAGGCAUCGUAUGAGGCCACAAUGGUGUAAAUGGAGCAAAUUUGAAGUGAAUCAGAUCAUUAUUUGAAUUUGAAUCCAAUUAAGGAAAUGAUUAUUCGAC